CGCAUGUAUUAUGUACAUCGAAGGUCCAUUCAUACAUACACACAUAUGAACUCUAUGACCUCGUGGUGAAUAAUGAAAUGAAUCAUGAGGUACUCGUUAAUGAUCGACAAUACGCUCGGAUAGCAUUACCAAUCCGCUAGGAACAGUAUUUCAAAAUGAAUUGAAUUUGUGCAAAUGCAGUUUUGCGGACACAAAAUCGUUUCAAUCCUUACUCUUGAUGAAUGAAAUUGAUGUUUGAUCAUGAAUACCAUUCUUACAACCAUUCAUCUUCAUAGUCCCGCGAUAUGGAUAUCGGUGACCUUGUGAAUUUUACCAAUCCUUGUCUUCAGUAUGAGGAGAUGUUGGGCGAGGGAAUUUUGUACCUUGGACUUCCCGAUCGUCUACAAGAACAUGGCUGGAAAUAUUGCUCAAGCAUGAAAAAUAGAACGUCAAAUCAUCCCACUUUCAAGCCUAUAUUGCAAAGCGCAAUCAUACGAUAUAAAGGAACGAUCAUGCAAUUCCAAGAAAUCGAUCUCGAAGAUAUGGAGAGCGAAUUGGAGAAUUUGAUCGAGAAAUGUCGAAAGCAAUGUCUUCCAUUUGACUGCAGUAUUGUAGAGGAUCGUACCAUUACAUCCUCUCGGCAGAUCUCCUAUCAUUCUUUCCCAAUCAAGCAUGAUCAUGCAUUGACAAGACAACCUUCUAAAUCGAUUCAACAAGAACAGAGAGGAAGGGCUGAUGAAACCUUGUACGCACACGUUCUUACUAUCCGAACAGCAUUGACAAGCGCACGAAAGCAAGAAUUGAAGCAAUAUCAGAAAGCAACCCAAUCUUCAAAACAAAGGCGAGAAGCAGACGUGACCUGGUUGAAGUUGACUGCACCUCGAGCAAUCUGCUUUCUCUCCAAGUAUCCGUUGCACUUUCUUUUUGCUGAUAUCUUGCGAUUUGCUUAUUUGCGAUAUGGCGGUAAAAGCCGAAUGAUCGACUUUCUCAAUCAUUGUUUCCUUACUCCCGUUACUUCCCUUGAUAGACAAAUUCAAAUAAAGAUUUCUUCGUUGGAAGAUGAUGUUCAUUUCACUCACGUAUCCACUUGCACCAUCAACGACAACGUUUCCAUCCCUGACCCAAUCCCAGCCAUUCUGACGGCCGCGAUCAAUAAAGAACAAUGUCUUGAUGCAAUCCUCCUCGACAAGCGGGUAGCACUUGUUUCAGAUUCGGUGACGCUAUUGUCCUUCUGUGCAAGAGAGCUGGAAAGCUUACUCGGUAGCCAAAUUGUUUAUCCAAUCGUACACCACACCGAACUUCAUUCGAUCAUUGCAAAAGAGCAAGGGAAAUAUAUUAUUCCUGUUCAACGACAAAUGAGUCAUGUUUUAUCAAUGACGGAAAUUCACAUCAUCGAUCUUGACAGAGGCGUAUCCAAACACAAAGGCUCGUCUAAAUUAUCCAAAUGGUUGCCGACCCGAUCAAAAUUGUCCGACAGGCAUCGAUCAACAUCCGUUUGGCUCGAUCGAGAUUUAUUUGGAUUCAAGAACAGCACCUUCCGCAAUGUUGGCACGAUCGAAGUGGGUAAGCCCGUUUCGUUCGGUGGUGCUCCUUCUGGUGAUCUGGCACUUGAAGCGCUUGACGUGCCAAACAGAGGCUGGACGAUUCAAGAAGUCGUUGGAGAGAUGCAAUCAAUCACGAACAAGCCGCCUACUAGACCACUGACAAAGCGAAAAUCGAUGCUGUUUGGCAGAAAGAACAAAGUAACAUCUUCGGCUGCAAAGGACCUUUCCAGUCCAAAGCUGCAAGAACCUGCCGCCGAAAGAAUUGAAAUUACCCCACAAUUACCAAAACUUGAAAAUUACCAAAUCGGACCAAUAACAAACGAAUUUGUGGGUGAGCGAUCACAUGAUUCAGUCACCGCUGUUGAUCAGCCAUACGAAUCAUUCCUUGGUCUCAAGGAAGGGAAGAGAUGGCAAGAUUUACGUAUACGAGCUGUUCAAUCAUAUAGCAACAUCGAUGUGAUCAAACAACGUAAGCGAAAUCGUAAGAUAGGUCGAAUUCUGGAAGAUGGCGUAAAAGAGUUUUCGAGUUAUGAGGAUGAUGAUUUGCCUAAUGCACUUUCUAUUGACGCACAAAAGCAUUUUCCCACCGAAGAUGCAAAAGGAAGGACUGAAUCACUGCAAACGCCUCGAAGUCAAGCGACCGGGUUCACAUCAACGACUGAAACUAUGCCACUCACACCAACGACGGCACAGAUUCCAAGAGCACCAUAUCAAUCAAAGAAAGAAGAAGAGGAGCCAAUACCAUCCUCAUCACCACCCGAAAGACCUAGAACGCCAAUCGUGACUUCUUCGCAUUUUGAUUGGUUAGAAGAUGUUGAGAGUAUGCAAGUUCAACUUGAACAAAUGAUUGAACGGUUAGAGAAUGAGAAUGCGGAACAAAUCAAUAGCGUUGAGCAGAAUCAUGAAGAAUAUGCAAGGAUAUGGCAAGCAUUCUGUUUGACUCCCCCAACAAAUCGAUCGGAAGAAGUGAAAAAUUCAACAAGUAAUGAAUUUCAACAAAUUGUAGAAUGGCGUAAUGAUGUUCAAGGUGGUUAUUUUGAUGAGGAACCGAUGACGAGCUUUUUUGAUGAUGAUCUUUUCAAUUCAAGUUGGAAUACUCGAUGGGAAAGGCGGAAUAGUGUAUGA